AUGGGGAGGGCUCCAUGUUGUGACAAAGAUAAUGUAAAGAGAGGACCAUGGUCUCCUGAAGAAGAUUCAAAACUCAAAAACUUCAUUGAGAAACAUGGUACUGGUGGUAACUGGAUUGCUUUACCUCACAAAGCUGGUCUCAAAAGAUGUGGGAAGAGCUGCAGAUUGAGAUGGCUAAACUAUUUGAGGCCCAAUAUUAAACAUGGUGAAUUCACUGAUGAUGAAGACAAGAUCAUCUGUAGUUUGUAUGCUAACAUUGGUAGCAGAUGGUCAAUAAUAGCAGCACAGCUACCAGGAAGAACUGAUAACGAUAUCAAGAAUUACUGGAACACAAAGCUCAAGAAGAAGCUCUUAGCUAUGCUUCCUUCCUUUCAAAAAAGGCCUUCUCUUUUUCCAUUUCAAUCACCACAUCCAUACAAACCAAACCACAUGAUCUUCAACCAUGAUGGUUCAUCACCUUUUUAUGCUCACACUAGCCCCAACUUCAUCAACAUGAACAACAACAUCAACUCUCUCAUAAACACUGCUACUUCCAACAACCUAUUGCAAGAUCAUAUCAAUCUCUCUACACAACUACUACAAGCAGAUCCAAACACUUUGAUCAGCUUGUUAACCAACAACAACCAUAAUAUUGCAAACAAUAAUAUGGAGAGUAGUAGUUCUUUCUAUGUAGGGUUUCAAGAGGAUCAACAACAAAACAUGUACAAUAUUAAUCCAAUGGAUGAGUUAUACCAAUAUCCUAAUAGUACUACUACUUCAGAUGUCAAAGAAGCUAUGCUCAUGUUUGGAAACACUACUACUAAUGAAGGAGCAGUAGGGCAUGAUCAAGUGAGUGCAACUGGCUCUUCCUCUGAAGGUGGAAGUUGUAUGAGUCAAAUUAGCUAUGGAAGUAACAAAGAUAAGCAGCCAUUUCAGCAUCAUCACAUCAAGCAAGAAGAUCAGUUUACACUUCAGGGUUUUGGGGAUCAAAUAAUUAGUCAUAGCUUGAUGAUGAAUCAUAGCUACAUUGAUCAGAAACCAAAAGUGUAUAAUAAUAAUAGCUUGAAAAGUAGUACUACUAAUUAUGAAAGCAGCAGCUCAUUGCAUAGUGAUCUUGAAGAAGUGAAGCAACUUAUUGUCAACACUAACUGUAGCAGCAGUUAUUUGUUCAAUGUUCAUAAUGAUGAUGACUACAAGACAACACAUGAUAAUACUACUCUUAAUGAUGGUGAUGACGAUAAGGAUAUAUGCUAUCAUUACUAA